AUGGCCAACUUCUCGGUCAGUCCGAGUCCGACGACGGCCCGUGUAACAGAGAGCCUGCUCAGCCUGCCGCGGCUUUUCGAGAUCUAUGCGGAUGAUGGUGCGCUCGCAGUUUCGCUUGAGAUGCUUCCGCACAUCAGCAAGACGUUUCUCAGCGCAGUCGCGGAGCGUGUGGCGCCUUCGCCCACACCGUCACAUACAAUGCCCGAGCUGAAGCCUCGGCGCUCCUCGUCACUCACCCUGUUGCACGGACAGGUCACGGGCAUGCAGGCGCAAGUGCAAGCACAGAACGUUCCGGAGAUGCACGUUCCUCCAGAGGCAGUCACCGCUGCAUGUUUAACGUCCCUUACUCGAACUGUACUCGCACGUCUCACGCGUACGGCCCUUCCGCGUAUUCCGGGGCUGACCACUGCGAGUACGGCUCAACUGGCAACCGGAUCUCAGUUGGCUGCGUGGAAUGGCCACCGCUUACGCGAUGGCGCAAAUUGGGUAGAAGAAACUGAUACAGAAGGCAAGCGAAAGAUCCAGGAGGAACAAGAAGCCGUGGGCGAGAGCGGAAGUGUUUCGCAUACCGAAAAAGAGAAGAGUGCUGAGAAUAAAGAUGAAGAGCAGGACGAGAAUGAGAAAGAUAGUGAACAGCAGAUCAGACAGUAUUCCAUCUCAGACAAUGACGGACACAGUGGAUAUGUGCCUUUGACCUGCAAAGCGGGGACCACGAGCAAGGACAGUGCCGCCACCACCUGCGGCCUCUACGCCAAACGCCUGUAG